AAAGCUGUUGGCAUGGCGAUGUACAAACAGAGUCGGGGCUGUACAAGGGAAUGCUCCAGAGAAAGAAAUGGAGUGAGUAAUGCAGCUGAGGGACAGGCCCGGGUUAGACAGCAGGGCUGCUGCUAAUUCCUGGGUUACACCACAAAACUCCCAUUCCCUGGGCUAACAAUGCAUCAGGAGUGGUUGAAAAAGUGAAGGCAAAGAUGUGUGAAGGCUUUGUUUGUUGUUGUUGGUGGUUUUCUCUUUUUGUUUUGAUCAGCUUAUUUAUGUUUCCUCUUAGUAUGGCCAAGGGCAUGUUUGAGUCCUGUUGUAGGGUUAGCAUGUGAGGAAUGAUGGCAGAGGGGUAUGUCCGAAGUGUCCAUACUUUUCUGGUUCGGAUUCCUCCUUUAGUUCCUGCUAAAGAAUCUGUGUAGAGCGGGAGCUCUCCUCUUGGGUAUUGCUGGCACUUAGCUAGUAAUAAAUAUCCAACUCCUUUUGGUAGGAAAAACCGCUGCCAGUCCUUUCAAUCCAGGAGAGCUUUGGCAGGACUGGGGGAGCCUGGCUGCUGGAUCCAAAGUAUCCAGACAACCCUGCUGCUGGUGAAGGAGGGAGCACAGAUGCUUAAACCCAGAAGAUGCUAAGACCUCCAUUGCAGAAAAUGUUUUUCUAGCAGAGAAGAAAAAGACUUGUUAAAUUGUGAACCACAUUUUCAGAAGUGGUAAAAGCCAGUAUGACCUUCUUCGCGAAUAAUUUCCUUGUAGCUGGAGUCUGUUUGCGAGCGUAGUUUGUGCCUGCCCUUUGCUCCCUGCCAGGUGCAGGUGUUUGAGGCAAGCUCUGGCUGUCCCCUCUCGAAUCCCAGCUUUCCAUAGCGGGGGAGCCCCUAGAGCUCGCUGCCCUUCCCAGCGCUGCUGCUCCGACAGCAGGGUGUCCUUGGGAGAGACGGCUGCAGGUCGCCGUUCGUGGCAGUCGAAGGCCCCCUCGCUUUGUUGUGUGGCUGAGAGCCACCAAGCUGGUGACGCUCUCCCAGGCGUCUGCUUCUGUCCCUAAUACGCUGACAGCGGCCGGGCCUUAUGUCAUCGCGGCAGCCGGCCUCCUAACCCCCUGCCCCCGGGCAGCGGCGGCGCUUCGGGCCGGCGGGGGAGGGCAGGGCGGGCGGACGGGGCACCAAAAUAGGAGCCGCCGCCUCCCGCGGGCAGCGGCUCUUCCAAAGAUGGUCACGGGACUGCCGCGCUCCGCCCGCGCGUAAGUACCGCGGGGGCGGUCCGGUGGCCGGGGGGCGGCGGGGCGGUCCGGUCCCGUCCCGUCCGUGCGCGGUGUCGGCGAUGGCAGCGGGCGGGCAGGAGGAAUACGCGUACCUCUACAGGGACUCCGCGCACCCCGCCGCUUUCCUGGAGGCGUUCCGCGGGUUUUACCUGGACGGGCUCUUCACCGACAUCACCCUGCAGUGCGCCUCGGGGGUCAUCUUCCACUGCCACCGAGCCGCCUUAGCGGCUUGCAGCAGUUACUUUAAAGCCAUGUUCACUGCCGAUAUGAAAGAGAAAUCGAAAAACCAGAUCAGACUUCCCGGGCUCAGCCACGCCGUACUGGAAGCCCUCGUGAAUUAUGCAUACACGUCGCAGAUCCAGAUAACAAAGAGAAAUGUCCAAAGCCUGCUCCAGGCUGCAGACCUCCUCCAGUUCGUGUCAGUAAAGAAAGCCUGUGAGCGGUUUCUGGUGAGGCACUUAGAUACUGACAACUGCAUAGGGAUGCACUCCUUCGCCGAAUACCACGAUUGCUCAGAGCUAGAAAAAGAGUCCAGGAGGAUUUUGUUAUGGCAGUUUGAUGAAGUGUGGAAGCAGGAAGAGUUUCUGGACAUUGGUAAGGAGAAGCUCUCUUUUAUCCUCUCCAGAGAGAAUCUCAACGUUUGGAAAGAAGAGGCAGCCAUCGAAGCUGUUGUUAAGUGGGUUGCACACAACGUGGAAGAAAGAAUUGAAGACGUCUAUGAACUGCUGAGCUGCAUCAAAGUAGACUUAGAUAACAUGUAUUUGAGGUCAGCUCUAAGCCUACAAAAAAAAUGCCGGCUUAACGACAGUAAGAUAAGGUCACUUGUAUACAAUGCCCUGAACCCCAAUCCCAAAUGUCUUUCCAGAAGACCCACAGCAGCCAUGUAUGUGAUUGGAGGAUAUUAUUGGCAUCCCUUAUCAGAAGUGCACGUUUGGGAUCCUUUAACCAAUGCGUGGGUGCAGGGGACGGAGAUGCCGGAUCACACCAGAGAGAGCUAUGGGGUCACUAGCUUGGGACCAGACAUAUACGUGACAGGAGGUUAUAGAACAGAGAGCAUCGAAGCCCUUGACACGGUGUGGAUAUACAACAGUGAGAGAGAUGAGUGGACAGAAGGCUGCCCCAUGCUUGACGCGAGGUAUUACCACUGCGCGGUUUCCUUGAGUGGCUGCGUCUACGCGUUGGGUGGUUACCGAAAGGGAGCUCCUGUGCAAGAAGCCGAGUUCUACGAUCCUUUAAAAAAGAAAUGGCUUCCUAUUGCAAACAUGAUCAAAGGUGUUGGAAACGCCACUGCCUGUGUCCUGCAUGAAGUCAUCUACGUAACCGGAGGUCACUAUGGGUACAGGGGAAGCUGCACCUAUGAUAAAAUCCAGAGAUACCAUUCAGGUAGCAAUGAGUGGAGCAUAGUCACCACAAGCCCGCAUCCAGAAUACGGAUUGUGUUCGAUUACACUACAAAACAAGAUCUAUUUUGUGGGUGGACAGACCACGAUCACGGACUGCUAUGACCCAGAGCGAAACGAGUGGGAGCAGAUGGCUCACAUGAUGGAGAGAAGGAUGGAGUGUGGCGCAGUGGUUAUGAACGGAUGCAUCUAUGUGACAGGAGGAUAUUCCUAUUCCAAAGGAACGUAUCUGCAGAGUAUUGAGAAAUACAACCCUGAAGUGAAUAAAUGGGAAGCAGUAGGUAAUCUUCCCAGCGCUAUGCGGUCGCAUGGCUGCGUCUGUGUGUAUAACGUGUAAACAUUUCAUUUUCAUAUUGCUGCUACGGACAACAGCGGCUGCAGUAUUCAUAAUAGCACUGAUUACCUCAUGACUGUGAUAGACGUCUGAUACGAUCUCUUAGCGCACAUCAUUAAAAACUAGGUAUAAUUUGUGUUCAUUUUAAACAAUUCAAAAGUAUAAAUGUGGUACCAAGUCUUCCAUAUGUUUUUCAUUCCAGUCAUUCUUUGUCACGAAACUUUUCAGAUUACUCUGGUAUAAUACUUUGUGCAGCUCUGUAGGAACUACUGUGAAAAACAGAUUUGGUUUCAUCAGUCACUGGGUGGAACUACAAUCUGGUGCUAAGAAGCAUAAAGCCAAACAAAAUACUCUGCAUUUCUAUGGACUGCUGGGUUUAAGAGGAAAUCUUUGAUCCUCCGAAGGUAGCUAUAGAAAUGCUUCGUUGCCACAAGCUAAGCACGUGGCACGUACAGAGCAAUAUCACUUGGAUAACUAGGUUAUCACGUCCAGAAAUCGCAGGCAGUUAUAGGAUGGCUCUAAUUCUACCUUCAAAUGCCAGAGCGGAGAAGAGCAGAGGCUGGAAAUGAGGGAAGAAAUGUCAUGCCGUAGCCCCACAGCACGAGCUGAAAGCGUGCACUAGUUUUCCAGAAGGAGAACAGUGCUGUGCAGUACGGGGCAGUUUGAGAAAGUGCUCACUUUGCCAUUCUCAGGCUGGCAGGGCCCGUGAGAAAUAAUAAAAGGCUCUGCAUGGCUUUGCAGUGGGCUCUCUGGCUGAUGCACAGGCAUUAGUGAUUUUUUUGUUUGUUUGUUUGUUUUUUUUUUUUCCAGAGAAAAGCCUUGCCAUGGUAACUUUUUUUUUUUUUUUAAAUCGAAUUUAAGAUUUAUGCCUUUGUUAAAUGGAAGGAGGAAAUGAGAGAGACUGGAAAGUUGCUAACAUCCCGCCAAGGUACAAACUUCUCUAUUUUGUUUAAUACCGUUCAGUCUUUUUAGAAUUUAACUGUGACUUGAGCAAAGGUACAACUGAAGAAACUUGUCAAAAUAUGUUACGCAUGGAGAAAUUGAAUGCUUAGCGGUCCUUUGGAUUAAAAUAUUAUUUUUCUCAAAACAUAAUGCAAGAUCAUAGAAUCGUAGAAUGUGUUGGGUUGGAAGGGACCUUUAAAGGCCAUCUAGUCCAACCCCCCUGCAGUAAGCAGGGACAUCUUUAACUAGAUCAGGUUGCUCAGAGCCUCAUCCAGCCUGGCCUUGAAUGUCUCCAGGGAUGGGGCCUCCACCACCUCUCUGGGCAACGUCCUCUUCAAAUUCUGUCUAGAAAGCAACUUGAGCUGGGCAGGAAGGCCAUCAUUUUGUCACCUCUUCACCGGGAGACACCUGCGGCAGGCGCCAGUGCAGCAUGGCAGCGCCAGUGCUGGCAGAAAGCAGAAUCUAUAGGUAGUAUUUAAAUACCUGGUGUUUGAACCCUGCCAUUGCCAGCCUUCGCACCAGUCCGUGUUUUGCAUCCUGUCGUGUAGGUAGUUACACAAAUGCAUUUGACUGAAUCGUUACUGCAGUGACUUCUUAGGAUUUGUUUCCACCUCAGAUGGUGUGAUGUGUGGCUUUUUAUUAGCCUGGUUCCCUGAGGGAGCAAGGUGCAACUCUGUUGUCUUUCUGUGCCCACGUCAGCUCCCCUCUAAUACUAGACUCGCUUGUCUGCGUGCAGCUGUGUAUAGAGAGGGGUAUAGGUCUUACAAACACAUGUAUAUUUUUUUUCAGGUUUUAUGAAAGUUAGGAAGAGGAUAGAGGGGAGAGAGAGAGACCGAAAGGAAUCACAUGAGUUUUAUGGAAAGUACAAGAUAGCAAAGCCUUCCCAGUGACAAGGGGGUGCUGCGAGGAGCCUUCCUGCUCCUCCCUGCCUGUGCUGCCCCUCACCCGGUCCCGCUUCGGCUGCUGUGGGGCCACAGGGUCCGAUAGCGGUGAUCCAAAUGGAGAAAUGCCAUGGGUAGCAGAGGGGCUCUUUUAGUCCAGAUCUGUUCACCAAUCCAGCUUUUAAAGUGCCAGCAGAAAGAGCUGUUACACUUUGGCACGGGCGGCAGGGACAAGACAGGGCUGACGUCAGGUGUGGUGGGAACUUCCUACACCAGCGCUGCCACCAAAAAUGAAAUUUUGGUUUUGUUGGAUGUAUCAGAUGUGAUGAAAGCAGCUUUCCAAGCAGGUAAGCCCUGAGUUUAUAGUAUUUCUUUUUCUUGAUCAGAAGCGUGUUCAACAUUUUUGUUUGUUUGUUCAUUUUUUUGUAUUAUUUCUCACUUGCGUUUGACUGCUGGUGGCAGGCGGCACUCAACUCUGAGCUCUGAUGUGAACGUCUGUGGUGUAUAUAUAGUUCUUGUUUUGA